AUUAAUUAAUUAAUUUAUUUAUUAAAGACAUUUUUAAUUAUUUUUGAGACACAAUGGAUGGAACCAAAGAAGAAUUAGUUAGUUUAAAACCCUUAACACAUAAAAUUGAUAUACAACAAUUAAAAAACAGCGAUGUGAUAUUAAAUCAUAGCAAAAGUGGUAGUGUUAAAUUCUUAUGUAGUGGAAAAUUAUUACAAAUUUUAGCAACAAUAUUUGGUGCCUUAGCAACAUUUACAACUGGUCAAUUAAUGGGAUGGGUGUCACCAUCAGUACCAAUAUUACAAAGUGCAGAAUCACCUAUACCUGGUGGUGUAACGAGUUCGCAAGCAUCAUGGAUUGCCAGUAUGGUUAUGGUAGGCAAUAUGGUGGCCGUACCGUGGGUAGCAUUUACUGUUGAUAUUAUUGGACGAAAAAAAGCAAUAUUAUUAAGUUCACUGCCUGUUUUCAUUUCAUGGUUUUUAAUUUAUCAGGCAACCUCAGUAGAAAUGUUAUACCUUGCAAGAUUUGUCGGUGGAAUUGGUGAAACCUAUGGAAAAGCAACAAUGUUCAUGUACGUUGGUGAAAUAUCCGAAGCAAGUAUUCGAGGUGCACUUGGCUCAAUUUUAGUAUGUACAUUGAAUUUAGGUAUAUUUUACGAGUACGCAUUUGGACCAUAUGUAUCAUAUCAGUCAUUAGCGUGGAUAUCAGGAUUAGUACCAUUAUUACUUCUGGCAACAUUUGUAUGGAUGCCAGAAUCACCAUAUUAUUAUGUACUACAAAAUAAAACCGCACACGCACGUAGAGCCUUAAUUCGAUUACGUGGUACGAAUGAUGUGGACAGUGAAAUGCGUGAAAUACGUGGUAUGAUUGAUCAACGUUUAGGAUACAUGGAAGGAUUCAGAGAACUAUUUGGCAAUCGUAUUAAUUUAAAAUGUUGGUUGCUAAUGUGUGGUUGUUUUUUCUCACAAGAAUUAAGUGGAAUUACACCAAAUAUAAUGUAUGCAAAAACUAUAUUAGAAGAUUGUCAUUUAGGAGGUAUUCCACCAGAAUUAGCACCAAUUUUUAUACCAUUUUUGAAAAUUAUUGCAACAUUAUUAACAAUGGUACUUGUGGAUAAAACGGGACGACGUCCAUUAUUUAUGAUCUCAACUAGUUCAUGCUCAUUUGCCAUGGCAUCAAUGAGUAUAUUCUUUUAUUGUAAAGCAUACACGGAUUAUGAUUUAUCAUCAUACGAAUGGAUUCCACUAACCAUGAUGUUAUUCUUUAAUGUAAUGUUCAUAUUUGGUUUAGGUUGUUUACCAUUUAUCAUGAUUGGUGAAUUGUUCCCAUCGAAUAUUAAAGCUAUUGCUGUCUGUUUAACAGCAUUAUGUGGCCCAUUAUCAUCUGUGGUUGCUACAAAAAUGUUCCAAAUAUUAAGUGAUAAUUUUGGUGGUGUACAUGUAUCGUUUGGUGCAUAUUCAAUAUGUUGUUUAAUUAGUUUUGUAUUUGUUACCACUAUGUUACCAGAAACUAAAAAUAGAACUUUAGCUGAAAUUCAACAAUCUUUAAAGAAAUAAAUUGAUAAUAUUUAUCAA